UUCAGCUCCUUGCGAGAAAGUUACCUGUGGCCGCCCAAGUCCGCCACUUUCUGCUCUGUGGCUGCCCAUUGCCACGAUCCAGGAGGACUCCGCGCCGCCCGGCCGCCUCCGAGCUCGGGCCCCAUGUGAGGGGGCCCCCCCUUAUCCCACCUUUCCGGCUAGUAAUAAACGACUGGUGGCCUUAGUGCCCAUGCCCAGUGAACCUCCGUUCAAUACGCGAAGGGCCUACACCAGUGAAGAUGAAGCCUGGAAGUCGUAUUUGGAGAAUCCCCUGACGGCGGCCACCAAGGCGAUGAUGAGCAUUAAUGGGGACGAGGACAGUGCUGCCGCCCUGGGCCUGCUCUACGACUACUACAAGGUUCCUCGAGACAAGAGGCUGCUGUCUGUAAGCAAAGCAAGUGAUGGCCAAGAAGAGCAGGAUAAAAGAAACUGUCUUGGCACCAAUGAAGCCCAGAGUAAUUUGAGUGGAGGAGAAAACCGAGUGCAGGUCCUAAAGACUGUCCCAGUGAACCUUUCCCUAAAUCAAGACCACCUGGAGAAUUCGAAGCGGGAACCAUACAGCACGAACAUCUCCGAGAGCCCAGCCAUCAUUCCCGUAUCAGGAAUCACAGUGGUGAAAGCUGAAGAUUUUACACCCGUUUUCAUGGCCCCACCCGUGCACUAUCCCCGGGGAGACGGCGAGGAGCAACGUGUGGUUAUCUUUGAACAGACUCAGUAUGGUGUGCCCUCCAUGGCCAGCCACAGCGCCUACCUCAAGGAUGACCAGCGCAGCACCCCGGACAGCACUUACAGCGAGAGCUUCAAGGAUGGAACCACAGAGAAAUUCCGGAGUGCUUCAGUUGGGGCCGAGGAGUACAUGUAUGACCAGACAUCAAGUGGCACAUUUCAGUACACCCUGGAAGCCACCAAGUCGCUGCGUCAGAAGCAGGGGGAGGGCCCCAUGACCUACCUCAACAAGGGACAGUUCUACGCCAUAACGCUCAGCGAGACUGGAGACAACAAAUGCUUCCGACACCCGAUCAGCAAAGUCCGGAGCGUGGUAAUGGUGGUCUUCAGUGAAGACAAAAACCGAGACGAACAGCUGAAGUACUGGAAGUACUGGCACUCGAGGCAGCAUACGGCGAAGCAGAGGGUCCUUGACAUUGCUGAUUACAAGGAGAGCUUUAAUACGAUUGGAAACAUCGAGGAGAUUGCGUAUAAUGCUGUUUCCUUCACCUGGGACGUGAAUGAAGAGGCGAAGAUUUUCAUCACUGUGAAUUGCCUGAGUACAGAUUUCUCCUCCCAGAAAGGGGUGAAAGGACUUCCUUUGAUGAUUCAGAUUGAUACAUACAGUUAUAAUAACCGUAGCAAUAAACCCAUUCAUCGAGCUUACUGCCAGAUCAAGGUCUUCUGCGACAAAGGAGCAGAAAGGAAAAUCCGAGACGAAGAGAGGAAGCAGAACAGGAAGAAGGGGAAAGGCCAGGCCUCCCAAACCCAGUGCAACAACUCCUCUGAUGGGAAGUUGGCGGCGCUGCCUUUGCAGAAGAAGAGCGACAUCACCUACUUCAAAACCAUGCCCGACCUGCACUCACAGCCGGUGUUGUUCAUACCCGAUGUUCACUUCGCAAACCUGCAGAGGACAGGACAGGUAUAUUACAACACGGAUGAUGAACGAGAAGGCAGCAGUGUCCUUGUUAAACGGAUGUUCAGGCCCAUGGAAGAGGAAUUUGGACCAGCACCUUCUAAGCAGCUGAAAGAAGAAGGGAUGAAGCGAGUGCUGUUGUACGUGCGGAAGGAGACGGACGAUGUGUUCGACGCUUUGAUGUUGAAAUCACCUACAGUGAAGGGCCUGAUGGAAGCGAUAUCUGAGAAGUAUGGGCUGCCUGUGGAGAAGAUCACAAAGCUUUACAAGAAAAGCAAAAAAGGCAUCUUGGUGAACAUGGACGACAACAUCAUUGAGCACUACUCGAACGAGGACACCUUCAUUCUCAACAUGGAGAGCAUGGUGGAAGGCUUUAAGAUCACACUCAUGGAAAUCUGAGCCCUGCUCUCGGCCUCCCCUUGGCAUCGGCCCUCCGUGCCUUCCUCCCCAGAGCAAUGGAGGCCCUGGCCCGGAACCCGGACGCCCACCUCCCCCACCCCAAAACCACUGUUACAGACUGUGCUGGGAGCCGGGCAAGGCACAGAGCCCUGUUCCUUACCGAUGUGCUUGGCCCAUCCACUGGCUCGUACUAGAGCCGAAGCCCGAGCCCCUCAGGAAGGGAUGCUGGGCCCGUCAGACACUUAUUUAUUGUCCACCUUGCCCUGGAGCCCAGGGUCCAGGCCCACUGGGACGCUGCAGGGCACUGCUGGCCCCACAUGAGACCGUCCAGAGCCCUACCCUUCCAAGGGAAACACAGCCAGUCUGUUGGCCCUGAAGAGCCUGAAAACGUCUGGGUCCUUCUGCUUCACCUCUGCUUCUCCUGAGGGGCUGGACCAAAAGCGCUCCUGCCACUGCAGUAGUCAGGCGGGCUGGAGGUGGACGCCGCUGCCUGGGCAGGAGCCUACAGGUUGCUGUGGGGAACCUUCCCAGGGUUUCCAGCGAGUGGCUCACGGGCCUUGCCCAGGAAGACAUUCAGCCACCGUGUAAUGAGUGAGCCAGAAGGUACGCCUGGCUGGCGUGUACAUAGUGUUUAUAAUAUGGCAAUAAUAUAUUUUACCUGUGGUGUGCGGGCGCGUUUACUGCCGCUGGCCUGGGGCAGAUAGAGCCGGGACUCCGCUUCCCGCCAGAGGGCUGCCUCUGUGCCGGGCAGGGACGCGGCCUUCGGGGCGUCAGGGGACCCCGGGGGUGCGGAGAAGGACGCUGCAGGAGUGGGGGGCACGCCCGCCCUGUGGGCCGCUGCGCUGGUCUCCCUGGGAGGCCCCCGCCCCUCCAGCUGCACAGGGCUAGGCGGAGAGACUGCGGGGCGCUGUGCGGGGCGCAGC